UUAGGAGGAGGAGGAGUCUGUUUGUUGACAUCGGACGAAAACGAAAAUCAGAUGAGUGAAGACCGAUGAUAAUAACUCAAUUUCUCGCCGUCAUCAAGACAUAUAGCCUUGGCGAAAGCUAAGGUCCCUGCACUGCCCUGUCUUUGAUCUGAGGCAGAGAAUAAGAGGCUAACAUGGCAGCCAAAGCAGGAGACAGCCCUGACAGCCUCAUGACUCUGGCAACAGUCUUCUGUCUGAGGAACCUUAGAAAAACCAUGUGCUACCAGGAAUUCAGGAACAAACUCUGUCUGCGCUCGGACAUCUUCCUUCCCAGCGAAAUCUGCGACAAGCUGGUCAACACAUACAUGGAGUUGGUCCACACAGACAGUAACUUUGAACCAGAAGAGAGCUUCUUCCAAUUAUUCUCAGACCCUCGAAGCACCAGACUGACCAGGGUACAGCUGAGGGAAGACUUUGUGCGUGACAGAGAUCUGGAGGCCAUUAAAAAACAGGACCUGAUUGAGCUCCACCUCACCUACUGCAACAGUCUGUCAUCCCGCAGCUUGAAAACACUGACCUGCUUCCGUGAGACCUUGGUGUCUCUUUGUCUUUUCGGCUGCAGCCACAUCUUCUACAAGAAAGGCGGAGCCCCACUGGCCUGCAACGAAGACACCGAGGACGAGGAGGAGGAGAGCCCUGCUUCUAGGCAAGCAUUAGAGACGGACUUUAACUUCCAGGGGUUCAACCGCCUCAGGUUGCUCAACUUAGGUGGACUUCCUGAUGAGGUGGAUGUGGAGACCCUGCUCAAACCCCUAAAGUCACUCACCUCACUAGAUCUGUCAAAUGUACAAUUGCUGGGAACAGCUUUUCUCACCCAGUGGAAAGACAGACUAGCAUCACUUGUUCUCUACAAUGUGGAUCUGUCGGAGGAGCUGGUCAGUACAGUGGUGGAGAUCGUUAAUCUAAGGCAUCUUGACAUCUCGCGGGAGAGCAGGCGGACCGCUAAGUUUAAGAUGACCAGGAAAAUCCUGACGGCCAUCGUACAGCGCCUGGUCAACCUGGUGUCACUAGACAUUUCAGGUCACAUUAUGCUAGACAACGGCACAGUUCCACACUUUGAAGAAGCUAUGGGUCGGCCAAGCAUUGAGCCGUGCAAGAGCAGCAUCUUUCCUUUCCAGGAGCUGAAGAGACCCCUGCAGUUUCUGGGCUUGUAUGACACUACCCUCUGUAAUGUGACACACAUCCCUGCUUAUAAGGUGACAGGAUCAAAGAACGAAGAACAGGUCCUGAAUGCCAUUGAGGCUUACACAGAGUUUCGCCCUGAGCUGGCCCACCGAGCCAUCAAUCAGCUGUUUGACAUCGCCAGGAUUCAACACUGCAGUCAACUCCUCCGAGCUUUGCAACUUGUCAUAGCAGCAUUGAAGUGCCAUAAAUAUGAUAAGAGCAUCCAGGUCACAGGCAGCGCCGCUCUGUUCUACUUGACCAACACAGAGUACCGCAGUGACCAGAGUGUGCGGUUGCGCAGAGAGGUCAUUCAAGUGGUACUAAAUGGAAUGGAGCAGUACCAGGAGGUCACCGUCCAGAGGAACUGCUGCUUGACUCUGUGUAACUUCAGUAUUCCAGAGGAGCUGGAGUUCCAGUACAGUCGAGUCAACCAGCUGCUGCUGAAAAUCCUGGAGCCAGCUCGGCAGGAUGAGUCCAUCCAGAGAAUUGCUGUGCACCUGUGCAAUGCUUUGGUCUGUCAGGUGGACAACCAUCACAAGGAAGCUGUGGGAAAGAUGGGAUUUGUCAAGACAAUGCUGAAUUUAAUUCAGAAGAAGCUACAGGACAGAAUGUGUGACCAGGUGAUGGAGUUUUCCUGGAGCGCUCUGUGGAACAUCACUGAUGAGACGCCCGACAACUGUCAGAUGUUCCUCAACUGUCGGGGCAUGAGUCUCUUUCUGGAUUGUCUACAAGAGUUUCCAGACAAGCAGGAGCUUCACCGCAACAUGUUGGGCCUUUUGGGAAAUGUUGCUGAGGUCAAAGCACUGAGGCCACAGCUGCUCACUCCACAGUUCAUCACUGUAUUUAGUAACCUGCUUGACAGUAAGGCAGAUGGGAUCGAGGUGUCGUACAAUGCAUGUGGCGUGCUUUCCCACAUCAUGUUUGAUGGGCCGGAGGUUUGGUCAAUGGAAGUGCCGCUAAGAGACACAGUGAUGGACAAGAUGUGGAAUGCCAUCCAGAGUUGGGACGUCAGCUCUCGCCGCAACAUCAACUACAGGUCAUUCGAGCCCAUCCUGCGACUGCUCCCCCAGAGCAUCUCCCCUGUCAGUCAGCACUGGGCAACAUGGGCUCUCUACAACCUGGUGUCAGUUUACCCAAGCAAGUAUUGUCCCCUGCUGAUAAAGGAAGGAGGAGUAAGUCUUCUAGAGAAAGUUUUGGAACUGGAAAGCUCACAGCCAGAAACCAAGGACAUGGCCAGCAAAGUAAUGGAGCAGUGUGAAACCUUCAAAGAAGACCCCAUGGAAACAAAUCAUGGACAGGAGGUUAACUACGGACAAAGAGGUUGACACCACAGGAGCCAUGGUUCCCAGCCAACAUCAACCAAACCGACCUAAGGCCCCUCCUACAGUCAUCACCACAAGGGUCAAUUGUGUGCAUUACUCUUAUUAUUCUUAUCAUUCUUAUUAUUUUGUAGAGCAGAAAUGUGUCUCUGGCCCUUUUUCACGGCUAUUUGGACAAAACCUUAAUAUAUGACACAUAGGACUUGA